AUGAGGUGCAUUGCACAUAUUUUAAACUUGGUUGUUUCUGAUGGCAUGAAAGAAAUGAACUGCUCUGUUAAGAAAGUUAGGGAUUGCAUUAGAUAUGUGAGAAAUAGUCCAUCUAGACUUAAAAAAUUUAAUGAUCUUGCUUCUUCUGAUGCUACACUUGGUACUAAGAAGUCUUUGUGUCUUGAUGUGCCUACUAGAUGGAACUCUACAUAUCUAAUGCUUGACACUGCAUGUAUGUUAAAGUCUGUUUUUGACAGUUAUGAGGAAGUUGAUGAAUCCUUUAGGAUAGAUAUGGGUGAUAGUAUCCCUAACUUUCUUGAUUGGGAAAAUGUUAGGAAGUUCUCUACAUGUCUCUCCUAUUUUUAUAUCACCACUUUGCGUAUUUUUGGAUCCUUAUAUGUCACCUCCAAUAUGCAUUUUCAAGAUAUUUGUGGCUUGUCUGUAAUGCUUGAUGAAAUGAUUGCAAAUGCUGAUUUACAAAUUAUGCAAAUGGGGAAGAGAAUGAGAGAGAAGUUUAAUAAAUAUUGGGGUGACCCCCAUAAGAUAAACAAGCUUAUUAUCUUUUCUCAUAUUCUUGAUCCUACUUCUAAACUGAAUGAUUUGAAGUUUGCUCUUUGCAAUUUGUUUGGAUCUAAACAUGGGAGUGUUUUAUUUGAGACUGUGAAGUAUGAGCUGACUGUUUUGUUUGAUGAGUACAAAUCCUAUGAUGGAGCUUCUGUUUUUGCUCCAACGCCAGUCCUGCCAGUGCCACCUCCUGUUAAGAAGCAUAUCUCCCUCAUGAAGGCAAAGUUCAUGGAGCACAAUAAGGAAAUGGGAGAACCUGGCAGUAAGAAGUCUGAGUUGGAAGUGUACCUGAGUGAGGCUACGGUUGAAAAUGAUGAUGGUUAUGAUAUUUUGAAGUGGUGGAAGCUGAACUCAGGUCGUUUUCCAAUCCUUUCAAGGAUGGCUCGUGAUGUACUUGUUGUUCCAAUCUCAACUGUUGCUUCAGAAUCUGCCUUUAGUACCUCUGGCAGAGUUUUAGAUUGCUUCAGGAGUUCAUUAACUCCAAAACUGGUGGAAGCAUUGGUUUGA